AUGCGAGUCGCGCAAACCGGAGACUCGGCCGAUAAACUUGGACCUUUGCGGUGUUGUGAGGGCAGUUGUUGUGGUUACCGAGUGAUGGGUGGAGGCGUUAAAAGGUUCGAGCAGCCCGAAGAGUUGACCAGUGGAGUAGCAGAGGCUGACGGUCUGCAGCACCCGAGUCUGACCGGCCAACUGCUGGCAGGCUUGUCGUCUCGCCCAGUCGAGUUGGGCGUCAGGCUGUUGCACGUCUCCUCUUCCACUUCACAGCGGUGCUCCACUCGUCCUACCGUCCGUUGUCCACGGCCAACUUCCACCGGGAAUAGUGGUCUUAUGCUCCUCCCGAUUGUGCCACGCACACACGCGCACACACACGCACACGUGGCGUACCUCAACCAGCCGCUUGACCAUGCCUCACGACCGCCUUUUGUGUCCUCUUCUGCUCACCCACCUCCCGCCCCCCCCGAACCUGCCUGCUCAGACGAUGCAGACCUGCACGUUUGGCCCUACGGUCAGACGGCGUUCGUGAUGCCCGAAAUACCCACUCUCGAGGCCGGCUCCGUACCGCUCUCCGAGUUGGACGUGUCCGCGGCCGGCCUCGACGCCUCGCCAUUGGCCGGCGAUGCCGCUGCCGACUCCGCGGCGCCCGCAACCGCGGCCCACGAGCCACGGGAGGAGCGCAUCGAGCCGGUGGAGCCUAGCCAGUCAGCACCGAGCGCGGAGGUCGGGCCGCUCGCAGCCCCUCGGCGGGCGGCUGAGUCGGCGACCAUCGCGACUCGCGCCAGGCCAAGGCUCGAGUCGCCGGGUCCGAGUCCCGGCUCCGACUCCGGCUCCGGCUCCGGCUCCGGCUCCGGUCCGGCGCCGCAUGCCCCAUUGGAUGGUUACGAGGCGACUCGGGCCGAGAGACGUCGCUACGCCGAGGUGCCUCGGUACAGCCGAGUGCCGCCCAGCCUCGUCUACGCGUCUCGAGAGAGUCCCGCGGUGAUUCGUUGCGUGGCCGGCCCAGCGAUUACACUCCGCGUCGUCUGCGUGACUCCGGGCACUGGGGACCGCGCAACGGCGCCUACAAAAGGCACUCAGAUCAGCGGGUACCCGACGACGCGUCCCUGGCUGCCCAGAGCCGAGACGUCGAGGCGACUCGGUCGGUCCGUCCGGACCCGUGCCUCGUGCUCAUCUGCCCAGUUGCUGGAACAUUUGCAGCUUGGAGCCCAUCGAACGGGCAAGCAGCGUCUGCCACGUAAAGCCGACGCGACUGGACGCGAUGAG